AUGGAGAAACACGGCAAAACGGUGAUUAAGCACGACUCGGAGGAGUCGUCUCCACCGACGGCGGCGCAGCUCAGAUACAUUCUCCUGCACAACGCCAUUCCCUUCAUCGGCUUCGGCUUCCUGGAUAACGCCAUCAUGAUCGCCGCCGGCACUCAGAUUGAACUGUCCAUCGGAUUGACACUGGGAAUAUCCACCAUGGCAGCCGCAGCUCUGGGGAACCUGGUGUCUGAUCUGGCUGGACUCGGUUUAGCAGGUUACGUGGAGGCUCUGGCUGCUCGCUUAGGGAUGCAGAUUCCUGAUCUCGCACCGAAACAAGUGGAUAUGUGGCAGACCAGAGUCACUUCACACAUGGGUAAAGCCAUCGGCAUCGCUAUCGGAUGCAUUCUGGGAAUGUUCCCGUUGCUCUUCUUAAGCGAUGAUGAAGAGGAGAAAGAGGAGAAGAAGACGAAGAAUCACCCGAACUCAGACUGACAGAGUUUUCUAUCAGCAUGACAACAACAUUUAUAUUGGCAAAGUGAAGAAAAUCAAGCAAAAGAUGUUCAUACGGUAAACAUCAUCAGAGUAACAAAAAAAUAAAUUUAAACGACAGUAGAGUAGCUAUUACAAUUAGUAGGUAGUUAAGACUUUAAUCUAGAGAUGAAGACUAGAUGUUAUAACGAGCAUGAGUUGAGUUUCUCUCUCUUUAUCACUAACUCUAUUUUAAAGGCCUGUUCACAGCAGGAACGAUAACUCUAACGAUAAUUCAUUUUAAUAAUCACACUACAAUCACAACGAUAUCGACACGGCAGAACGAUAGGAAUCUCAAUGUGUCAAGUCACAUUUAACACU